ACGGCGGGGAAGCGCCCUAUUUGCGUCUGCGCCGUCGCCUGGUCACCCAUUGAGGCCAGAAACCGCGGCUUUUUAGCGCGGCGGAGCGGGUUGGAAAAGCCGGCGGGGACUCGGCCACCUCCGAGCGGCGGCGGUACCCGGCUCCACCAGCUCGGGAUGGAGAGGCCCGAGCCGAGCCGGGCCACGAGGGGGCGGGGCCGCGCGUGCGUCGCAGACCCCCCGCGCAUGCGCCCUAUCGCCGGGCCUGCUGCGAGGCGUUUCCAGGCCGGGCCGGGCCCGGGCGGCACCCUGGUGGGGAGAAGCGACGCGGGAGGAGGCGUCGAGUCAAGCGGCACCAUGAGCGUCGGCGGCUCGGACCGCAACGAGGAGUUCCAUCAGCAGCUGCGGCUGCAGGAGCUCUACGAGCGGAAGAAGGAGGAGGAGGAGGAGGGCGGCGACGAGCCCUUCACCUACACGGACUCCGCCGACGGCACCCAGUACGAGUGGGACCGCGAGAAGAAGGCCUGGUUCCCCAAGGUCACUGAAGAUUUCUUGGCAACCUACCAUGCUAACUACGGCUUCCCCACCGAAGGCUCCAAUACCUCGGCCUCCGCUGCAAAGACUGAAUCUAAAGCUGCUGCGGAUUCCAAGGCCCCCAAGGCUCAGCCCAGAGUAGAAGCCAAAUCGUCGCAGCUGUUGCCCACAGACCCUAAACAGAAAGGAGAAAAAAGAAAAGCCGAUGCAGGAUGGUUUCAUGUGGAAGAGCAGAAAAACACAAAUGUUUAUGUGACAGGUUUACCGCCCGACAUUACAAAAGAUGAGUUUGUGGAGGUGAUGUCAAAAUGUGGUAUCGUUAUGCGCGAUCUUCACACGGAGGAACCAAAAAUCAAACUUUACAAAGACAAAGAAGGAAACCUUAAAGGCGACGGGCUCUGUUGUUACUUAAAGAGGGAAUCGGUUGAACUUGCGCUGAAAUUGCUGGAUGAGAAAGAAAUCCGAGGCUACAAACUACAUGUGGAAGUUGCCCAGUUCCAGCUGAAAGGCGAAUACGACGCCAGCAAGAAGAAAAAGAAAUGCAAAGACUACAGAAAGAAGCUGUCCCAGCAGCAAAAACUGCUGGAUUGGCGGCCGGAGAAGAAAGAGGGGAGUGUGAGAUUGCGACAUGAGAGGGUUAUCAUCAUCAGAAACAUGUUUCAUCCCAACGAUUUUGAGGAGGAUCCCUUAGUGCUAAAUGAGAUCCGGGAAGAUCUACGGACAGAAUGUGAAAAAUUUGGUCAAGUAAAGAAAGUCAUUAUAUUUGAUAGGCAUCCAGAUGGCGUGGCCUCCGUGUCCUUUAAGGAAUCCGAAGAGGCUGACGUUUGCAAGCAGGCCCUGAAUGGACGAUGGUUCGGUGGGCGCCAGCUCUCCGUGGAAACGUGGGAUGGCGUAACCGAUUAUCAGAUUGAAGAAACUUCCCGGGAAAGAGAAGAGAGAUUGAAAGGGUGGCAAGAAUUUUUAGGGGACCCCAACCAAGAACGGCCUAAAAAGCCACCGGAUGCCAAUUCUUCAGAAAGUGGCCCUCAAGCAGCCAAGAGAGACCCGCCGACUCAAGAUAACGGGGCCGCCGAAGCCACCGAGGGAGGAGGAGGAGGCGGGGAUCGCCACAAAGGAGCCGGCGAAGACGUCGCGGCCUCCACAGACAGCAGUGCGGCAGGCAGUGAUGAAGAGGCAGAGACUUAACACCGCUCGCCGCCCGGUCCGAGCGCAUGAUUGCAGGCUCCCCUCGAAAACCCCCCCCCCCCCCCCCGAUGCAGUUGUUUGCAAGCUCCACUCCAAUCAAUGAAUAUAAAUAAAUAUAUAUAUGUACAUGCGCGCACGUUUCCUUGUUAGGAUAUCACCAACGUGCUUUUGAGGUAUUGCAUUUAAAAGCAGUAUUUAGUUUGUGUGUGUGU